AUGGCAAAGCCCACCAAAGCUGCCUCAAAUAAGAAACUGUCCGCAUAUACUACGAAGCCCCCAGAUUCGUCUUCCAAAAAAAGCAGACUCUCAACAGCGCCAACCCCCUUCACCAAAGUACCACAAUCGCUCAACCCAUUCCUAGCAUCCCUCUCACCAAAACAUGUCUACCUCAUCCACCUAGACACACUCCCAGAAAAGCACAAACGCCAGAUUUUCGCCCUACCCCUCUUCCUAAACAUAGUCAUCUCAGCCUUGAUCCUCCUAAGAGUCUACACAGGCUACUCGACCUACAUCGACAUUCUCGCCUUGGCGUUCGGGCAAGAGAGCCCCGCGCAAGUCGACACAGCAAAUGCAAGCUGGUCGUAUCUAUUCACCACCCUCCUCCGCAGGACCCUAACCUUUCUCUUUGAUUACCUUCUCCUCGCCAUCCUCCUCCCCUGGCCCGUCCGCUUUGCUCUUGGACCCGCGCGCUGGCGCCGCAAGGUCGGCUUCCAAGCCCGCGAAGUCAUCGUGCGAAAAAGCAGGGCGUCGUGGAGCGAUGGGCUAAAGCCUCCAACGUGGAUCCGGGAGGAUGACGAGACGAUAAUGACCAAGGUCAUCCCAGCUGUCACGCCGCAGCGGCUGCUGAAGACCGGGUAUCUGCUCAUUGAUGCGGAUUGGGAUCUGGAUUUUGCGGCAAUGGUCAAGGCGCAUGAGCUUGUUGCGGAGGGGGUGCUGAAGUUUGAUGAUUUUUGGACUUCAGUGCUUGUGCAUGGGGGUGGGGAGGAAGGGGCUGAUGGGCUAUGGUGGCUGAUAUGGAAGGUUGGGGCCGAGGAGGGUGGCGCUGGCAAAGGCGCGCGGGCAGCAGACGGAGGAACGCUGUCAAAUUCCCAGCGAGACAAAAUUAUCAUGUUCCAGGAGAAGCUGGCGUCGAUGGGGAAGGAGGAUUUGUUUUUCCGUUGGGUGGAGUUGAUUCAGUAUGAGAGUACCCAGCCCGGUGGAUUUACGUAUGAACGACAGAAAAAGACGAUGCAGGAGACGCAGCAGCUGUUUGAAGACCAAGGGGUUGAUUUUGAGAAAUUCUGGGCUGAUGUUGGAGGGAUGGAGGGAAUAGACAUGUAA